AUGACUAGAAAGAAAAAGAAGCCUCCUUUUCAUCCUCCGCUUGCUCUCCCUCGUGCUCCUCGCUCUUGCACGGCCUCAGCCUCCGGUAAACUUCUGGAGCGUUGUCUGUUUGCUGCCAGAUCUGGCUCGCGUUCCAGGAAGCCGUCCUCUUCAUGCCCUCCGGUGGUGAAGCAAUUUCCGGCUUUGGUUCCAGACCUGUCUCCGGCGAUGGUUCCUGAUCUGCCUCCGUCUCCCGUAAAGCCGGAGUCUCUGUCGGCUAGCUCGCUCGCCGGUUCGGAACCCGCAUCUCAGGGACCUUCCCCUGCAAUCCCGACUACCACAAUCCAGAGCACCUCUUGUUCCCAGAACAAGUCUCUGCCAGAUCAGAUCCCGAUUUCGGAAGCCACACCGGAAAAGAAAUGGUCUAGCUUGUUCAAGGAUAAUACCUCUCUCGAAAGGAUUGGAACUCCAACAACCCACGUUUCUGGAGUGCCAUUCAUUCUCAUCCCAGAUGAGAAUAUCGAAGCUGCGAAAGAAGAAUUCAAGGAUUAUAUCUAUGCUCAUUUUCCGGGACAUCCACCAGAAAUGGGUAGAAUAAUUGGAGUAAUAAAUGCUCUCUGGGCAAGGACUGGUCCUCGAUUUUUCGUCUACCGAGUUGAACCUGGAUGUUAUCUGCUGCGAGUAUCAAACCCAAGAACUCGUGCGAUCUUGCUGAGUCGGAACCUGUGGAACAUCGCAGGCUAUCCGAUGUGUGUGGCUCCGUGGAGUCCGGAUUUCUCCCCAAAACAAGCUCCUUUGACUAAAGCUCAGGCGAACCGAUUAUCCCCAGAGACAGCGAGACAUGACACCUUUGAGGUGGCAAAGAUACUAGUAGAGGUGGAUUUUGAGAAGGAACUGCCGUCUAAACUAAUUUCUGGGCUGACCAACGGAAAGGAAUUCGAGGUCUCAGUCACUUAUCCGUGGCUACCGCCGAAAUGUGGAGAAUGCGGAGUGUUUGGGCACACAAAUACUCAUUGCCUGAAAAGGCCUCCACCAGUGAAGAAGAGCAGGAGGAAACCCCAAUCUCGUUCCCCAAGUCCGGACAAGAGUAAGAACAGGACCAAAUGA